AUGGAAACCGCUAAGAACGCCGCGAACUACGUCUCCGAGAGUGUCAAGGGCACCACCAACGAGGGAGCCAAGGAGGCAAACAAGAACGUUGCCAAGGACUCCGACGCAAGCCUCGGCACUCGCGCAAGCGCAGCCAAAGACGCCGCUCUCAACAAGAAGGACGAGACCAUGCACAACACCAAGGCUGACGCCAACAAGGAGGCUGCGAAGCACUAA